CUCAGUGAAAUUCAUUCUUUAUCAUGUCAAGUGAAACCGAGCCAAAUGAAAAAUCACAUUUGUGUGGACAGUCUGUAAAUGACUCUUGUGAAUCAGAGGCAGGUUCCAGUAGCAGCAACAGCAGCUCUGUGCGACAUCUGCAAGCAUCCCUGGAGUCGGCUGGGAUUGAAUCUGUCAGGAGUGAGUCAUUUGGGUCCUCAUACUGUAAUGAAGAAUUCAAUUCUCAUGUGUCACUGAAGGAAUAUGAAGAUGAAGAGUUUGAAUCUUACGAUGAGGCAGAGAUCUUGGGCGAGGAUGUCCUUGCCGAGAAAUGGAUUAGUAUACUGAAGAAAAAAGCUUCACAUUCAUGUAUGGACCACAAAAAACGGCUGCAUUCUUUUCUAAAAACAGAUACUAUAACUAUGGUCCCUGAAGAGAAAGAAGCCCUGAAAUCAUAUUGCAGAAAGAAGAUUAGAGUAAUGCGCCAGCAUCAUCAGAAAGCAUCCACUUCUGGAAAAACCAGGCAGACAGAAGCUGAUGAUUUCCAUUUAAAAGCAGUAGAGUCAAACUUGAAGUGUGUUGUCCCAGAACAGAUAGUCAAAAGGCUACAGAUGAAAUCCAUCCUUGAGGCACUUAAGAAGGCAAUGAAAGUGGAGAUGCAUGAGCCACAACAGUGUGCUGCUUGUCAGGCACGGCAAGGUGAACUAGCAGAAAAACAUUUCAUAAGGAUUAAAACAACCCAGCUGGAAUCAAAAUUGCUGCAGCAUAGACUGGAGGAGUUUAUCUACACAAAAGAUCCUGUUUGCAUUGUUGGAGAAAUGUUAAGAGAUAUCCCGAAGAACUCUACUGAUCCUGAUGCAGUGUGGCAGGCAUUUAUCAAACAUAAGGGUACCUCUGAAUGAGAUUCAUUAUUUUGUUAAGGGACCAAACAGUGAACACUUAUUUAUCUCCAGAGUUCUCCUCAGCUGUAAUCAUGAGACAAGACUAAUGCUUGUUUCUAAACUCCAAAGUGUUACAUAUUUUCUUCCUGGGUCAGGAAUGCUGGCUAUUGAAUUGUCACAAUCAUCAUUUGGUAUAGUACCUGUACUAAUGAAAACCAGGAGGGCUACUUGUAUGGUGUAAACGUUCAUGAUUAAAAAAGUUACAAUAUGCAGACACCCCCAAAGCUGUUAACUUUUACUUGAUCUAAUUGGGGAGAUACUUUUGGAUGUUAACUAACUGGAAGAAAUAUUGAAUAUGUUCAAAGACUUUGGCAGUAUGGAUGUUUUUAUAUGAUACAUGGAACAUAAUCAAAUGCAACCACCCCAAGAAAGGUGCAUUUACAACGCAGUCUUUGUUGCACUGAUUUGUACUGUUACUGUUACCUGUCAAGGUAAGCACUACAGGCUAUUUUUAUUGUGAGUUUAUCAAAUUCAGAAACACAUAGCA